AUGUUCUCAAAUUCAAACAUCGAGCCAAUUCGAAAGAGAGCGAAAACUCCUCUCUUUUUCUCGUCUCCUGGAAAGGGAGAAACCCACUUCCCACUUCAAGAAGGGCCGGAGCGAUGCAGACGACGGCGGAGGAGCCGAUACACGUCCGAAUGGCGGAGCUACGGCUGGCCUGCGAGCGAGAGAUCCGGAUCCAACGGGAGAGAGCCAGCCUCGCGGCGAGCUCGUUCCGCCAGUCCCUCCUCUCGAUCCGGUCCAUGGCCGAAAAAACCCUAGAAAAUCGAGAAAAACUUGGCAAGCUCAAAGAUAACCUCAAAGAAUUGGAGGCUGAUUUGGAAGAAUCAUUAGCAGUGAAGACCUGCAAAGAGGCCAAGCAUACAGCUAGUGCUGAAUCCCUUUCAACUACAGUAGCUAGAACUGACCAACUUAAGAAGUUACUUCUAGAUCGGAGAACAAGGAGGGAUGGAUAUGCUGCAGUAAUAUCACAACAGUUACUGGCUUUGGAAUCGCUAGAAGACAAGAGUAAUCAAGACAUAAUCGAAAGACAAGAUAUGGAGGAAGCUAUUAUGUGGUACAAUAAAGUUCUUGGUUUCCGAGCUGAAGGAGGAGAAGGGGUCAAAUUCAUCUUCAACAAAAUUAACUUGAAAAAUCUGGAUGAGGAGUACUCAUUCACCAUAAGGCUUGAAAAUGAUGUAUACAAAUUGCUGCAUUGUGAUCCAUAUGUGGAAGAUAUCAAUGAACUGAUCAAGGAAUUAAAUAAAAACAAUAAUUUGUUCGAGUUAGUAAGAAUUAUGAGAGAAAAGUUUCAGGCUGCUGCAUUGAAUGGGUUCUUGCCUACAACCAUGACUGACUAUCCAGACUCAUCUUCAGUUACAGUAUCAUCACCACCUCCAGUGUCAGAUGACAGUAGAAGUGAAACUUUGAUAAAGGAAAGUGAUCCUCAUCUUCAAAAUAAAGAGGGUCGGCAUGGUCUUCGGAAAGUCAACCGUGGCAAAUCUGUAGCUCCAUCGCCACAAUCUAUAUCAGCUACGCGCCGUUCCCCCCGUUUUAUGAUUUUGUAAAUUAUCUAUCGGUUUUUAAGUUCUCCAACCCUUCCUAACUGGGCUGGUUAAGCUGCUGUAAUGAGUUGUACCCUCAAAAGCUUCCCAAGCUUCCCGCUGUUGCACGCAUAUAUUGUAGCCCCUUGCUGUAACUGAAGUGCUACAACUUUUUUUUGGCAUGCUUUUAUGUCAACAAUUUAUUCGUGUACAUGGUCACACAUACCAAUCUUGUACACAAUCCUAUGUUAUUUUGGGGAAAAAAUUGCCAUUUCAUUAAGCUGUUGCAAAGGUCUAAACGCGACAGCUUCAAUGUUCUGCUUAGUUGAGUAUGUAUUUGAUGUAACAAUGAGAUACAAUCAGUUAUAAAUUUUUCAGGCAGUUCCAUUUAAUUUUAAUGAAAUAUGCUUCCUUGAUAAGUUAAUAUUUUUCAUUACAGCAAACUCAAUUCUCCCUGAUUUUCUGAUAUUCUUUUGUCUAGUGUACUGUUGGACCAGAUUGCUUGCCUGCUAUAAUAAUACCCAAAAACUGCCAUUAUUUGUGAACGGGUCCUGCUACAGAUCACCCGCCAUAUCGCUGCUGAGUUCACCGGUCUGAUGGGGCAGCCAAGGAUUGGUGCAGUACAUGGGGUGAAGAUAGUGUCAAUUGGGGCCCUGCAUACCACUCUGCCCAUCACCCACUUCACAUGGGACCAGUGAAAUGAGCGAUGAUAUGGUGGUUGAUAUUUGGGCAUACUGCUUUCUGUGAUAUUAUAUGGAUCAGAAUCAGAUAGUGAACAGAUCUCACUGCUUUUUGGCACUUCUUUUUGAUAUAUUUUAGCUUAAGAUAUUAAAAUAGUCUGUUUUGUAAUAUUUAGAUUUUAAUUGGUGUUUCUGACCUUGAUCCCUCAUGUUAGCUUCUUUAAUGAGUUCAAAUUUCUCCCCUUUUAACAUUAGAUAGGAUGUUUAUAUCUUAAAUAAAUAAUGCAUGGUAUUGAAGCGGUUCCUAGCAUAAAUUGAGUGGGGGAAGUACCUUCCUCCACAUUCCAUCAGAAAAAAGAAGCGGUUCCUAGCAUUUGCGAUCAUCAAAACAAUUGGUUGUCU